UAUAUUGGGCCUCGUUUCGCGUUGGAAGAAGCGAGCGGGCCUGGCCGUUUGGUGCCUUGGAAGCUGCCUGUCGCUGCGUAUCCCCGGCUAGGCGAGGAGGCGGAAGGAGGCGGCGGCGGCGGCCGGGUGGGAAGUUCUCCGGGGCUGAGGCAGGAGGAACCGUUUGGGAGAGGGUCGUGUGGGGGCCCCUGAGCGCGGCAGGGCCGAGGCUGCUCCCUCCUGGGCUGCCUUCCUCUCCGAGGCCGAUGGCAGCGCUCCUGGCCCCGCGUCCUCCUCUCUCCUCAGGCUGCCCAGGAGCGCCGGGCGGAGGCUGAUCCUCUCGCCGCCUUCCCCUCGAGUGUCUUCCUGGGACGAGCAUGAGAAGAUGAACCAGAAAGACACUUUCGUGCACCUGUUUGCUGGAGGAUGUGGGGGCACCGUAGGUGCGAUUCUGACAUGUCCACUAGAAGUUGUGAAAACACGGCUGCAGUCUUCCUCUGUUACACUCUACAUCUCUGAAGUUCAGCUGAAUACUGUGAAUGGUGCCAGUGUUAAUCGUGUAACUAGAGUUUCCCCAGGGCCUCUCCAUUGCUUAAAGAUGAUUUUACAGAAGGAAGGCCCUCGCUCACUUUUCCGGGGAUUGGGUCCUAAUUUGGUAGGCGUGGCUCCAUCCAGAGCAAUAUAUUUUGCUGCAUACUCCAAUUGCAAGGAAAUGCUGAAUAAUAUAUUUGAGCCAGAAUCUACCAAGGUACACAUGACCUCAGCUGGAGUAGCAGGUUUCACUGCAAUCACCGCAACCAAUCCAAUUUGGCUAAUAAAGACACGAUUACAACUUGAUGCAAGGAAUCGUGGAGAAAAACGGAUGAGCGCUUUUGAAUGUGUGCGCAGGGUUUAUCAGACAGAUGGAAUUAAAGGCUUUUACCGAGGAAUGUCUGCGAGCUAUGCAGGCAUAUCAGAAACUGUUAUUCACUUUGUUAUUUAUGAGAGUAUUAAGCGAAGACUUUUGGAGUAUAAGUCUGCUUCUGCUAUGGAUGAGGAAGAUGAAACUGUCAAAGAAGCAUCUGACUUUGUUGGCAUGAUGAUGGCUGCAGCUACUUCGAAAACUUGUGCUACAUCCAUAGCCUAUCCACACGAGGUUGUACGAACAAGACUACGGGAAGAAGGAACAAAGUACAGGUCUUUUUUCCAGACACUGUCUUUGCUUGUGCGAGAAGAAGGCUAUAACGCCCUAUACCGUGGCCUAACAACGCAUCUGAUUAGACAGAUUCCAAACACAGCUAUAAUGAUGUCUACGUAUGAAGUGGUAGUCUACUUACUGAAUGGAUAGCAAUAUUACCAGCUGUGUUCAGGAAGAUGGAAGACCAAAAGCUUGCAGUGGACCAUGAACUCUCAGUGUGGGUAGGUAGGAGUAAAUCUAUCAAGAACAUGCAGCUAUGGACAAAAUGGAAGGCUGGUAGGCAGUCAUGCUGCCUCAUCAUAUGGCAUCUUUUGCAAUGUGAUGAUCUGAAGCUGCUCCUAAAGGAUUGCCUUUAAACUCCUCAUAUUUCAACAUUGCAAUUUUCUCCUAUUGUGUCAACUUUUCUAACGCUAUGCAGUGAGCAUCAGACACUUGGUUGUGAGCAAGGAGAGGCAUAACAACAUGUGUGUUCUCACUGGAAAGCGUACAUCUCUUUUCCGACUCGUGUUCAUUGCUGGUUUAAAAUUCAUUUUCUGUUACUGCACAGUAGCCAGUUUGAAGGGUAUGCCUGUGUACAUUUAAAGCAGAUUCAUAAAUGCUUAUCUCUUGAAACUCCACUUUUGCAGUCUGAAAUAAAAUGAAAGACGAAGAUUCACUAAGCUUCCCACUUUACUACCUCAGGGGAUCUGACAGGGAACUUAGGUUUCUUACUACAGAAAAGGUGGCCUUCAUUUGUCGAGGUGAAGAUGGGGGACAGGCUGUUUCGUUUUGUAUCGAGUUCCAGUUGCUUUAAUAUCAGACCCUGGGAUUUCUAGUGUUGCAGCAGUAUACUGUUUUAAUUGCCCUGAGUAUUUUCUACCGUGGAAAUAGAGAAGAGCCUUAAGAUCCACCUGAAACCAAAUCUUCCUGUCUUCAGUUUUGUACAAUUUGUGUCCAUAAAUCCCUUUGGAACUUAAAACACCUCUAAAUGUAUUAAGGAUCACAGCAUUGUGGAGCAAACCACCAGCAAAGAGAAAUUGGCUUGGUGUGUUGGAAGGGCUUUUCGCAUGCUGCUUUUAAAUCCUUGAAAACCAACAAACAGUAUGUGAUUAAACAGCAGGAUAUCGGGUGCUUAUGCAGCAUUGUGCUCGUUUUAAACAAACUUAAGUUCAUCUAGGGCUUUUACCUGAACUAACCUAAUACUGCAGUAACUAGAAUACCAAACUCUACUAGAUUUCAGUAACACAUAGGGCACACUUCGGCCAUGUCCAAAAUUGAGUGCUAAGAUUGUGGCUUAGAAUGAACCAGAGAAGAUAAUUGAAUAUCUUGGGGUUUAGGCAUCGCCUUUUGCUUUAUUCCUUGCUUCCUCCUGAAGCACUUUGCAGAAAACCACACAAGUGGUUUUCCCCAAUGUUUGGCUUUGAACAUCUUAAUGCUUCUUAUACAGCAUUCACUGCUGUAUAAAAGCAGACAUUUGCAUGAUUCACAUUAUCUCUGAAAAGCAACAUCGAUAAAGCAGGCCAUUUGAAAUAAUGCAGAUAACCUGUUGGUUCUAACAAUAAACACACCCUACAUUUUUACCUUUUAACAUACAUCCUGUCAUUACAAUGUAGCUGUGUUAAAUGGUAAUGACACCAGGGGAGAAGAUUUGUAAUUUAGAGCACAACCCUGCCCAAAGUCUAGUACUUUCAGAGUGCAAUCUGAUGCUUUUCUCCUUGGGAAUAAUCCUUGUUGAGUUCAAUAGGACUUCUUCCCAGUUAAAUCUUUAUAGGAUUGCACCCUAAAGCAGAUAAAUGUUGAGUGUGUUUAUAUCUCACUCACUUAAAGCAAUUAAACGUAAGUGCUUCCUCUUGGCAGUCCUGUACCCUAAUCUUUGUAAUGCUCAGCUCAUGCAAAAGUUGUAAAAAAAUGUGACAUUUUAUUCCUCUGUGAACUGUGCAGAAACAGGCAUAUCAUGGCUUUAUUUUGCUAGGCCAAAUAAUGCUGGAACUGUCAAAUGUGUUCACAGUCCGAACAGCAGUUUCUUUUGGUUUAUGUGUCCUCUGGCCUGUGGCAGAAAUGUCUCAAUGUAGGCUUGCAAACCGUUGGUCUGAAGAUAGUGUUCAGCACUACUCCUUGCUAGAGUCACUAAUGAAGAACAGUGACCUGUCAGAUUUUUUCAGUAGGGAGCAAACAAGUCUACUUCUUUUCCUUAAUGUUGUAAGUGAUCUCAUUAUAGCCAUUAUACGCACAUUACCAUAAACUUGGCAAAUGUAGUCAUAUUCCUUUAGUGAUUAAUAUGAAAACCUAUUUAAAGGAACUGCUCUUCAAUAACCUCUGUUUUAAGCUAGUUUCUUCCUGCAUAUAAAUAUUUGUAGAUUUUGCUGCUGACAUCCAUGGGUAAGAAAUGGCAGAUUUGCUAAAGGACAACACAAAGGCCAAAGUGUGGAAUGUUAAAUUGUUUAAUUAUAAGCCUGAGUUACUUCGGGGGAGGGGGGAGUUUUUCUGUGUUUUUGGUUUUUCUAAAAGUCAACACUCAGGUGGAUUCGGGCAGCCAAGAGUUCCCCCCAUUGUGUAGUGGUUGUGAGUGGAAUUCCUAUGGUAAUAAAUUGUCUAAACAAGUUUAGUGAACCAUACUUGUUCUGAACAGUCAUAUCUAGUUUACUAUGUGACUUACCAAAUCUGUCACAGGAAUGGAAACCCUUUCAGAAGCUAUUUCAAUGACUUUGAAAUUGCAUGCAGUCACACAAAGUCAACUACAUGAACCCACAUUCUCUGCUCCUUCAAAACAGACCACUCUAUCCCUAUAUGACCACAACUACCCCUGGGUUUAAUGGAGAUGUUUUAGUGUCACCGUGGGAGCUUCACUUUCAAUUAUCACAAGUUCAUGAUUUUGCCUGAUGAUAAGAAAUGUUACCUUUCCAAUUGGAAAGGUCUACAUUUGUUGAAUGUGGGUUGUAAUAAGUUUACACUCCCCUCAUAUGUAAUAAAUUUAUUACAUAUUACAUUUAUCGUAUGUAACAAAUUGGGAAGUGGUUAUUUAAUGAAGUGAACAAUUUUCUCUAAACAUAUUUGCCAUCGCCACUAUACUUCACUUACCCCAUGAUCCUAAUAGUAGCAAAAUUUGAAUCCGUAAGAAAGUAAUUCUCUUUACUGGUUAGAGUCUCUAAGACAGUUGAUGUUUCUUCCAUUUAACCGUCUUAGAAAUAACACUAGAUUGCAGACUCUUGAUAUUAAAAUCCUAUCUUUUCAGCCUUCACAUUUGGCUUCCAGCAUUUCACAGGGUACUUCUUUAAAUGCAGCUAUUAUUAAACCAAUUAUAUGUUUUUAAACUAUUGAUACCUCUGAACUGUUUCCCAAAAACUGUCCAUAGCUUUCCUUGUAUAAUUAUAACAAAAACAUGGUUGAAAUAUUGUCAAUGAUCGGUCGGGUAGGAAAUUAACACCAUUUUAAUUCAAGGAGAAAUUCUUCCCGUCCUAAUUGUGAUUUGGCUAUGUUAGUAAAAUAUAUCUUUGAUAAAGGAGUUCAACCACAAUGCCUUGGAAAAUCAAUAUUUGAACUACUUCAAACACCCAAUUUACACACUAUAAUUGAAAACUUGCUGUGAGGCUGUAUGUAUACAGUAGGCUUGACCAGAAGGUGGCACUAUAGUACAUGCCAAUGCAGGAAGGAUGCAUCCUUGAAAUAAUAUCUGGUGUGUCAAACUGUUUUGUGUUCUGCUCUUGAAAAAUAUUUGGUUGAGUGCCAUACACAUUGUGGGAAUGAGCCAUAACAGAUGCUUUUAAACAAGUAAACCUGUACUUUCUAAAUUUUUGUUCCUGUGUUUAAAAUUCAACACAAAACAGCAUUAAACCAAGGAAUAAACAUGCAUAUUGCACAGCUAGAAUUGAAAGAGAAGCUUCAAAGUCAGCUUUGGUUUAUAAUUUUUAAAAUCAUUAUAAAUAAACUUUGUUCUUGGAUAUACACAAAUGGUUUGAAUGGUUUGAAUAAAGGUUUUUGAUUUACACAACAAACAAGUAACACACAUGACUAAUUUGUCAUUAUAAGGCACCAAUGCAAAAUACUAUUUGGCUUAAAGUCUCUUUUAUCAGAAAGGGAUUUUCUGACAAGUGUCUUGGAUUUUAAUCCAGGGCUUGGAACUAGAGCCCUACUUUAGAUGUGCCCAAUUCAUUUAUUUACUUCCUUUUUUUGCAAGCUGUCUUGAAACUCUCCUUAGUGUGAAAAGUGGUUUGCCAUAUGACAUUGGGAAGCUGCAGCCUAAGAAACAUAAAGCCAAACUUGCUUGGGCAUAUGGAGUUGUGUAUCUUGUUUGUCUGAAUCCCAGCCCAAUGUUAGAAUGCUCCACGCCUAUACUCAAAUCUCAGAUGUUGAAUUUGUUUGUUUGUUUUCCAUUCUGUUUGUUUUUAUCUUAAUAGUUGUAUUCUUUCUGAUAGCAGUAUUCUUAAAGAAUGAUGGAGACCUACAAAUUGGAGACUCUCUUUAUCAAGUUUCUUUUUACCUUCUUGAAACAAGCAGAACACUGAUGUGUGCCUAUGUAAAUGUAUUACUCUCUUUUAAAAAUGCUGAUCUGUUUCUGAAAAGACCUGAAGUUCUGUACAAUUUCAGUUUUAUUUCAAAGAGUCUGCAUACCCUGUAUAUGUGAACAUAACGUGAUGCCCUAGGAAACCAUUGUUAUUUACCAAUAUUCCAAUAUUCUGCUGCUCCUGUGGUUUGCUAUAGUUCUUGCAUACCAUGUAGUUGGCUGUCAAUGAUGUGCUUUAAAUACUUUUGUAUUUAUAUUAUAUCGACAACUUUUUGUUUGGACUGCUCAAAACUUCAAAAAUAAAAUGUGUUUAUUCAAA